AUGCGCGUGCCCGUGACAUCCGACAGGUGCCUGCGUGGGGCCAUAGUGGUUCUCAGUGCUGCAUGUCUCGGGAGUGUUGCUUGCCGUUGCUGCUGGCAUGGUCCGCGAAGUCCGGGAUCUGCAUCUCACAGCCUGUGCUCUUGGAUGAUGGAGAUUGCAGGCGUUCUACAGCUGCUGGCGGCUCGCCAGGAGCUUCAGCAGCAGUAUGCUGGAAGUUGCUAUGCAAUGCGACGAAGCGGGCUGGCACUCGCACUGCUUCUCCAGUCUUUGUGCACAGCAAUCUUUUUCAGUGAAUGGGCCACCCUGCGGUCAUUCCUUUUAGUGAUCGAGCUAGUCGUGCUCAUUUAUACAUCGCGCCACCUUUCUUUUGCGUCAUACGAGCCGGGCGACUUUGUGGUACAUGCUGGUAUUGGUGCAGGCAUCGCUUGGGCUUGCAUCGCGCUUUGCUUUGAGGCGCAGGCCUUUGCCAAGGAUGGCAGUGCACUAUCGCUCACUCCCUUGGCCGUGGUUCGAGGUUUGGGGGCAGCAGCAGGAUUGGGUGUUUGCAAGCCUGAUGGCUAUCGGCGAUGCCCCACGAGCAAGACUCUUUCGGCGCGGUGCCAUGAUUUGUUGCAUUGGCGCACUCCUUGCCCUGCGCUGUACUUGGCGGCAGCUGCGGCGAGCACAGCGGCCAAGGGAGCCUUGGCCACCCUGGCCUUGGCGUGCGAGGCGAGGCCCACGAAGCCCUUCCGACAGACCCUGCACAACCAUGAGGAGAUUGUUGAGCACGAGAUCCCCAUCCUCGAUACCGCCAAGUUUGCCGCGAUCGUGGGCAUUGGGCCGAAAUUUGGGUACAACUCUGUGCAGACCCUCAGCGUACAAUGCUUGAUCGGCAGAAUCUCAUGGCCACCACAGGUCUGUCAGCAUGGCUGCGCUGCAAUUGUGGACAGUGGGACUUCCUUAAUUGCAGCUCCUGCCUCGGCACUUAUGGAGCUGGGCCACUUGAUUGGCCAGAUCAAGGAGGAUUGCGACUGCUCAAACCUUCACGAACUCCCGAACCUGCGCUUCAACUUGGAUGGACAAGAGCUGGAGCUGCCCCCUCAAGCUUAUGUCAUGAGGGUGGUCGGUGCCAGUGUCGAGGCGGACAGCAUUUGGGAUCUGCUAUUCUUCAAGCCCAAGAUCCGGAAAGUUGAUUCCUGCAUGCCUGCCUUCAUGGAAAUGGACAUGAACACACAGCUGGGUGACAAGCUCUUCUUCGUGGCCUCAAAGGCGAGUGAUGCAGCCUACCGGCUGCACACAACACUGCCGCGCGCCGUGUCUCUCAUGUCAAGCCUGGCUCGCCGGUGCUUCCAGAACAGAUGCACAGAUCCGUUGGAGGCAGUGGCCAGUGGGGUUCUCACGCCAGGUCAAUGUGCUGACAUCCAGCAGUGGGAGGUGCAAAUCAUCGAAACGAUAUGCAACAACUUCCAACAAGCCUGCAACAACGAAAGUGUGUACACAGGUGGUCCUGGUGUUGCUUAUGCCCUCCUUCGGGCUGCGCGAAGCGGCCACGAGGGUACACUUGAACAGGCACAGCGAUUUCUGGAACCCUGGAGAGGGCGAAUCGCCAAGCAGGCCAGCAGACAUCCUGACAUCGCCUGCUCACUCCUUUGCGGACGGGCCGGCUUCCUUUGUGUGGAAGCGAUGCUCGCACGUACCAGGGGCUCGGCGACUGGAAGCGACGCUUGCUGCCAGAGCUUUGUCUGCAGGCAGCGUCUGAGUACAUAG